CACGAGGUCCAUUCCAACAUUGGUCUUCUCCUGUGCUUGCUUGCAAGUUUGAUUGUUUGAGGUUGUCUUCUACCUUCUCUAGGGUUUCUUCGCCAUGUCUGGAAGGGGUAAGGGUGCUGGUGCCGCUGCGCGGAAGAAGUCCGUCAGCAGGUCUGCUAAGGCUGGCCUUCAGUUCCCCGUUGGUAGACUUGGCCGUUAUCUGAAGAAGGGUCGCUAUGCCCGGCGCGUGGGGUCUGGGGCCCCCGUAUAUUUGGCUGCCGUCUUGGAGUACCUAGCUGCUGAGGUUCUGGAGCUGGCCGGGAAUGCUAGCAGGGAUAAUAAGAAGAGUCGUAUCAUCCCACGCCACAUCCAGCUUGCCAUCAGGAACGAUGAGGAGCUUGGGAAGCUCUUGUCUGGAGUCACGAUUGCGUACGGAGGUGUUCUGCCUAAUAUCCACAGUGUCCUUCUCCCGAAGAAAACUGCUGGCGGAGCAGGCGCAGACAAGUCUGAGAAACCCGAGAAGGAGAAAAAAACGAAAGUGGAGAAAGCGUCCAAGGGUUGAUUGGACCUGCGAUCUUGACUAUUACACACUACUGGUGUUUCAUAACACCACCUAAGUAUGAAUUUUAUUCUCCUAGGCGGUGGGUUGAACUGUGUGCCUAUUGGUUGUCCGAUGUUACCUUAUAUUUCUAUUAGAUUUAGUGUUACUCGAUGUUUUUGCGACAUAGACUAGUUUUUCAGCACCAAGGCAUUCUCCCACUGCGUAGCCCAUUGGUUAUUUAUUUUGAGAAUGUUAAGUAUUUUCUAUUGUGUGAGAAGUUGCCUAAUUGUCGCCGCAAUUACUGCAUAGAGCCUACGGAUCCAAAGUUAAAAUCCUCUAUGAAAAUGAACGCAUUCUUCUGUGUAAGUUACAUACUGUAUUCCUUCUUGUUGUUCCAUGUAGUACUUCAUCCAGAUUGAA